CUCCCAAGGCCUUGCUCAUUUUAGGAUUUAUUAGGGUGAGGAGUAGGGAAGACGGAGAAGAUGCCCCUAACUGCUGCUUGACCUUGAUGAGACCUUGGACCCCAGUCUUUCUAUCUUCUCUGGGGCAUGACCUUGGCACUGCACAGCCAGCCUGAGGGGUGGGAGAACUUACGGCUGCUGGGUGUGGGGCAGAGGCUGAGCUGUGUGGUUGGUUUUCCUCUUCCCCCAACCCCAUCAGUCCUGGGCUGGCUGCCCGCUCUUUUCCCCACAGAGCUGGGUUUCCCUGGGGACCAGUGGCUUGGCCUAGCCCCACACCCACAGCCCCCUCCUGGCCACAACUCAUGCUAGAAGGAGGGCUGGACCCUCUUGGACCCUGGCCCUCCGUGCCUCGCUGACCAAGGCCCAGUAGUCUUUCUCCAUUGCUGGGCUGGGAGCAAGGAACAGUGACUCCCACGGAAAGAGGUCCUAAAGCUGUCUAGCUGACAUGGCAGCUCCAGCGUCUCUGAGGGCCACAGGGGGUCCAGUCCUGCAGGGCACAUCCUAGACCUUGGACAGCUGGACAGCCUGCCAUCCGUGCUCCCACCAGCCAGGCCAGAUCCCAGGCCUCCAUUCACCAUGGGCGGCUGCUUCUCCAAGCCCAAGCCAGUGGAGCUCAAGAUUGAAGUGGUGCUGCCAGAGAAAGAGCGGGGCAAGGAGGAGCUGUCAGCCAGCGGAAAGGGCAGCCCCCGGGGUUACCAGGGCAACGGCACAGCACGCCACUUCCAUGCCGAAGAGCGGCUGCCCACCCCACAACCCUAUCCCAGCCCUCAGGACUGUGUGGAGGCUACUGUCUGCCAUGUCAAGGACCUCGAGAAUGGCCAGAUGCGGGAAGUGGAGCUGGGCUGGGGAAAGGUCUUGCUGGUGAAGGACAAUGGGGAAUUCCAUGCCCUGGGCCAUAAGUGUCCUCACUAUGGAGCGCCCCUGGUGAAAGGUGUACUGUCCCGGGGACGUGUGCGCUGCCCAUGGCAUGGUGCCUGCUUCAACAUUAGUACUGGGGACCUAGAGGACUUCCCAGGCCUGGACAGUCUGCAUAAGUUCCAGGUGAAGAUUGAGAAGGAGAAGGUGACCGUUCGGGCAAGCAAGCAGGCCCUGCAGCUGCAGCGGAGGACAAAGGUGAUGGCCAAGUGUAUCUCCCCAAGUGCUGGCCACAGCAGUAGCACCAAUGUGCUCAUAGUGGGUGCAGGUGCUGCUGGCCUAGUGUGCGCAGAGACACUGAGGCAGGAAGGCUUCUCAGACCGGAUUGUCCUUUGCACACUGGAUCGACAUCUGCCCUAUGACCGGGCCAAACUCAGCAAGUCCCUGGAUGCACAACCUGAACAGCUGGCUCUGAGACCCAAGGAAUUCUUCCGGGCCUAUGGCAUUGAGAUGCUCACUGAGGCUCAGGUGGUCACAGUGGAUGUGAGAAAUAAGAAGGUUGUGUUCAAGGAUGGUUUCAAGCUAGAGUACAGCAAGCUGCUGCUGGCACCAGGAAGUAGCCCUAAGACCCUGACCUGCAAAGGGAAAGAUGUAGAGAAUGUGUUCACCAUCCGCACGCCUGAGGAUGCCAACCGCGUGCUGCGGCUGGCCCGGGGUCGCAAUGCUGUUGUUGUGGGAGCUGGCUUUCUGGGCAUGGAGGUCGCUGCUUAUCUGACUGAGAAGGCCCACUCAGUAUCUGUGGUAGAGCUGGAGGAGACACCCUUCCGGAGGUUCCUGGGGGAGCGUGUUGGUCGUGCACUUAUGAAGAUGUUUGAAAACAACCGGGUGAAGUUCUAUAUGCAGACAGAGGUGUCAGAGCUGCGGGGUCAAGAGGGCAAGCUGCAGGAGGUGGUGCUGAAGAGCAGCAAAGUUCUGCGGGCAGAUGUCUGCGUGGUAGGCAUUGGUGCGGUGCCUGCCACAGGCUUCCUGAGGCAGAGCGGCAUUGGUCUGGAUUCCCGAGGUUUCAUCCCAGUCAACAAGAUGAUGCAGACCAACAUCCCGGGAGUGUUUGCUGCAGGGGAUGCUGUCACCUUUCCUCUCGCCUGGAGGAACAACCGGAAAGUGAACAUUCCACACUGGCAGAUGGCUCACGCCCAGGGGCGGGUAGCAGCUCAGAACAUGCUGGCACAGGAGGCUGAGAUCAACACGGUACCCUAUCUGUGGACUGCCAUGUUUGGCAAGAGCCUUCGCUAUGCUGGCUACGGAGAAGGCUUCGAUGAUGUCAUCAUUCAGGGGGAUCUGGAGGAGCUGAAGUUUGUGGCUUUUUAUACCAAAGGUGACGAAGUGAUUGCUGUGGCCAGCAUGAACUAUGACCCCAUCGUAUCCAAGGUGGCCGAGGUGCUGGCCUCAGGUCGAGCCAUCCGGAAGCGGGAGGUGGACUUGUUUAUGCUGCCCAGCAAAACCGGUGACAUGUCUUGGCUCACAGGGAAAGGAUCCUGAGCUCUCAUGUGGUGGAUCUGGGCAGGCCUCUGGGGCAUCAAGGUCAGAGACCAAGUCCUGGGGCAAGUGCCAAUCUCCAAUUUCCCAGGAUCCCUCAAGGUGGAAUCUGAGUCCUCCGAGGCUUGCCUUCAACUGUCUGCUUACAGAGAGGCUACUGCUGCCUCCAGGAGAUGGCCCAUUCCCAAGGCCUCAGCUGUCACUGACAGCUGGCUGUAGAGGCAGGACAGGCUCUGCCUCUGUUUCCUCUAUUAGGAUGGUUUUCCCAGGAAGCCCCUUCAACAUUACCUUAAAAUUAAAGCACAUGUAUCAGCA